AUGUUUGACCUUAUUCUCGCUGUAUCAAAACUAGAGACCACAGCAUCAACUUCAGCCACGGAUAAAUCUGCAAUGGCAGGCGGCAGGAGCACGGGAGAGCGAAUUAUGACAGUCACAAACUCCCAUACAGUUAACAAAAGGACAACAGGGGAAGAACUGAUACCCACAUGGUACUACAGUACCGUACUUACGACACCAGUUGGGUAUAAACACAUCGAGAAAGAUCAACUGCGCUUUCAACCACGCUCUGCUCUGCGAUUGGUCCCCGCUCCAUCGGUUGCUAACAUCACCUCGAGGGUUCACAUACCCAUCUUUGGCCGCCACGUCAAUCCGAGGAUUUGGGUCUGA